CUUCCUUCAUCUAUCAGAAUCGUAUGAUUGGAAGGAAAUCAUCUGUUGACAAAGUGCGCUGGGGGACUGCGUGCCACGCUUCGUGUCGUCGAGAUUGUCUGUGCCCGGGUUCCUGUGCUGCCCGGUGGAUGUGUCGAUCGUCAGCUCACAGACUCGUGCGUCCUGAAACCGCCAACAGAUAGCAUGGAUGGGAAAUUUGUGGCCGCUCUGGAUGUCGGAACUACAACCAUCCGAUGUUACAUUUUCGACCAAUCUACUACAGCUGUGGGGUCAGCAUGUGAUAAGGUGCGGCUGCUGUACCCGCAGCCGGGUCACGUGGAGAUCGACCCCGAGGAGCUGUGGAAGGCGGCGGUGGGCGUAGUCAACGAUGCCAUCAAAGGUGUGUAG